AUGAGUGGCAGCCAUGGACAGACUGACACCCACACCUAUCAAUCCCUCUCGGAGGACUGCCCGUUUGGAUCUGUGGAGCAACCCAAGAGAUCCACAGGGAGGCUCAUCAUGCACAGCAUGGCCAUGUUUGGCCGAGAGUUUUGCUACGCUGUGGAGGCCGCUUACGUGACUCCGGUUCUGCUCAGCGUGGGCCUGCCUAAGAGUUUGUACAGCAUGGUGUGGCUCCUCAGCCCCAUCUUGGGAUUCCUUCUGCAGCCUGUGGUGGGAUCCAUCAGUGAUCACUGUAGGGCCAGGUGGGGCCGCCGGAGACCCUACAUUCUGACACUGGCCAUCAUGAUGCUCUUGGGGAUGGCCCUGUACCUCAAUGGAGAUGCUGUUGUAUCAGCUUUGGUCGCUAACCCAAGGAGGAAGCUGGUUUGGGCCGUGAGCAUCACCAUGACAGGUGUGGUUCUCUUCGAUUUUUCGGCUGACUUCAUUGACGGGCCUAUCAAAGCCUACUUGUUCGACGUCUGCUCCCACAAGGACAAGGAGAAGGGUCUCCACUACCACGCCCUCUUCACAGGUUUUGGUGGCGCCCUUGGCUACCUUUUGGGUGCCAUAGACUGGAUGCAUCUGGAACUGGGAAGGCUGCUGGGCACCGAGUUCCAGGUCAUGUUCUUCUUCUCUGGCCUGGUGCUCACUUUGUGCUUUCUCGUCCACCUGUGCAGUAUCCCUGAAGCCCCGCUCAGAGACACUGCCGAAGACCCUCCAACUUACCAGGUCCCUCAGAGCCCAUCGUUGUCAGCAGAUGCAAUUCAUGAAUAUGGUUCUAUUGAGAAACUUAACCCCGAUGAUGCAGACACAGAGCUGGUAAAGGGAGGGACAAACAAAAAAGCCUCUGAACAGAGUCAGAGGGCAAUGUCAAUGAAGUCACUUCUGAGGACGUUAGUGAACAUGCCUUCCCAUUAUCGCUGCCUUUGCAUCAGCCACCUCAUUGGAUGGACAGCCUUCCUGUCAAACAUGCUCUUCUUCACAGAUUUCAUGGGACAGAUUGUGUACCAUGGGGAUCCCUACAGUUCCCACAACUCCACAGAGUUCCUCAUCUAUGAGAGAGGAGUUGAGAUUGGAUGCUGGGGCUUGUGCAUCAACUCCCUGUUCUCUUCACUUUAUUCGUACUUUCAUAAAGCUUUGGUUUCCUACAUCGGAUUAAAGGGCCUUUAUUUCAUUGGAUAUUUGCUCUUUGGCCUGGGAACAGGAUUCAUAGGACUCUUUCCAAAUGUCUACUCUACCCUGGCCCUCUGUUCUAUGUUUGGUGUGAUGUCCAGUACAUUGUACACUGUGCCCUUUAACCUCAUUGCCGAGUACCACCUUGAAGAGGAGAAGGAGAAGCAGCGGGGAGCCCCAGGAGCCCCUGAGAACAGUGGAAGAGGCAAAGGUGUGGACUGUGCUGCCCUCACCUCCAUGGUGCAGCUGGCUCAGAUCUUGGUUGGAGUUGGUCUGGGCUUCCUGGUCAACAUGGCUGGGAGUGUCAUUGUGGUGGUGAUCACAGCCUCUGCAGUGGCACUGAUAGGCUGUUGCUUUGUGGCUCUCUUUGUUAGAUAUGUAGAUUAGGUUUAAAAAGAGGCAUCGGCUCAAACCUCGGACAAACGAGGAGGUGAGGCUUGUGGCAAGAACCCAGUAUGUUCUUGGACUUUUCGCCUUGAGGAACUGUAUAUCCCGUGCUGGAAUUUCACGUUGCAUGCACACAUGGGAAAGGUGAGUGUGGUAGGAUUGCCCGCCUCACUGCAUCUUCCUUGCCACCUGCUUUUAGAUGCAGGGAUAGGGAAAGUCGGCUUCCAUUUCUCAAGGUCAUUUCCGGCCUGGAUAACUUCUGAGGAGCAAAUCAAUCCUACCUGUGGUGUUAAAAUCUGAUUUUUAAAAAGCAGUCUGUAUAUCACUGGAAAUCACAUACUUCAACAAAUUCAGAAAUACUUAAAUAUUGCUGAUUGUUUUAUGGUGUUGAUUUAUUCACAUUUAAU